GCAGAGCUUUAAAGCAGCCACGGCGCUCACGGCAAGUCAGUGAGUGAGACUCAUCCACACGACAUGACGCGGAUGAAUUUAUUGGCUCUGGUGGCGACGUUCGUGGCUGCGGUUGCAGCGGACGGUGGACACCACGGGGGUGGAGGAUUCGGUGGCGGUGGAUUUGGUGGUGGAAAGGGCCAUGGCGGUGGAUUUAGUAGUGGAGGAUUUGGUGGCGGUGGGUUCGGUGGAGGAAAGGGCCAUGGCGGUGGAUUUAGUAGCGGUGGAUUUGGCGGCGGCGGAUUCGGAGGUGGAAAGGGCCAUGGAGCUGUAAUAAGCUCUGGUGGAUUCGGCGGUGGAAAGGGUCACGGUGGUGGAUUCAGCAGCGGUGGAUUCGGAGGAGUAAAGGGUCAUGAUGGUGGAUUCGGAGGUGGGAAGGGCCAUGGCGGUGGAUUCAGCAGCGGUGGAUUCGGCGGUGGUGGAUUCGGAGGCGGAAAAGGUCAUGGCGGUGGAUUCAGCAGCGGUGGAUUUGGAGGCGGAAAAGGUCAUGGCGGUGGAUUCAGCAGCGGUGGAUUCGGCGGCGGUGGAUUCGGAGGCGGAAAAGGUCAUGGCGGUGGAUUCAGCAGCGGUGGAUUCGGAGGCGGAAAGGGUCAUGGCGGUGGAUUCAGCAGCGGUGGAUUCGGAGGCGGAAAGGGUCAUGGCGGUGGAUUCAGCAGCGGAGGAUUCGGCGGUGGUGGAUUCGGAGGCGGAAAGGGUCAUGGCGGUGGAUUCAGCAGCGGCGGAUUCGGUGGAGGUGGAUUCGGAGGCGGAAAGGGUCAUGGCGGUGGAUUCAGCAGCGGUGGAUUCGGUGGAGGUGGAUUCGGAGGUGGAAAAGGUCACGGUGGCGGAUUCAGUUCUGGUGGAUUUGGUGGCGGCAAAGGAUUUAGCGGUGGCAUCCACCACUAAUAAUUGCAAGUUUUUAUAGGAAAAAUGCAACAUUUUACCCUGCGCUGCACUUUGUGUCGUCUGACAGAUAACCAGUCGUUGAAAUCGCGGCAAAAUUUCAAGUCUUUCAAGAAUUUUGUAAAUCUAAGAUUUUGUAACGAGUGUUAACAGCUCAUUAAAGUACAAUUAGAAAUUUCCAAUUAUAAAAUUUCGGUCACAUUUACAUUGAUGCAAUACACAAUCGCUGAAUGUGCUUAUCGCUGAAUAGCUGAAUUUGAAUGACUGAAAUUCAUGUUUACGUUUAUAGUUUUGUUUAAUAGCUUCAUCAUCAAGAGUUGUUUAUAAGCCUGAAUGAGAGCUUAAAUGAGAGACUAUCAUUGGCCCAUCUGUAAUUCAUUGUGACAAGAUGUUAUCAAAUAAAAUGUAACAGUUAAUUUAAA